CUUCCGAGGGGCGCCCAGCGCCGGAGCCAUGACCCUCCGCCGACUCAGAAAGCUGCAGCAGAAAGAGGAGGCAGCGGCCGCCCCGGACCCCGCCGGUGGGACUCCGGACUCGGAAGUCGCUCCCGCCGCUCCGGCCCCGACCCCGGCCUCGGCCCCCCCUAAUGCAGCCGCCACCCCUGGACCCACCGGGGACGAGCUGUAUGCGGCGCUGGAAGACUAUCACCCUGCCGAGCUGUACCGCGCGCUGGCGGUGUCUGGGGGCACACUGCCCCGCCGAAAGGGCUCAGGAUUCCGCUGGAAGAAUCUCAGCCAGAGUCCUGAACAGCAGCGGAAAGUUCUGACUCUGGAGAAGGAGGAUAACCAGACUUUCGGCUUUGAGAUCCAGACUUAUGGCCUUCACCACCGAGAGGAGCAGCGUGUGGAGAUGGUGACCUUUGUCUGCCGAGUUCAUGAGUCCAGCCCUGCCCAGCUGGCUGGACUUACACCAGGGGACACCAUCGCCAGUGUCAAUGGCCUGAAUGUGGAAGGCAUCCGGCAUCGGGAGAUUGUUGACAUCAUCAAGGCUUCUGGUAACAUUCUCAGACUGGAAACUCUGUAUGGGACAUCAAUUCGGAAGGCAGAACUGGAAGCUCGGUUGCAGUACCUGAAGCAAACCCUGUAUGAGAAGUGGGGAGAAUACAGGUCCCUAAUGGUUCAGGAACAGCGACUGGUACAUGGCCUGGUGGUCAAAGACCCAAGCAUCUAUGACACUUUGGAGUCCGUGCGCUCCUGCCUCUACGGUGCAGGCCUGCUCCCCGGCUCCCUGCCCUUCGGGCCUCUGCUUGCGGCGCCCGGGGGUCCCCGCGGGGGCACCCGUCGGGCCAGGGGCGACGCUGAAGACGCUGUCUACCACACUUGCUUCUUUGGGGGCACCGGCACGGAGUCCCGGGCGCUGCCGUCCCCGCCGCCCCCAACGCGUGGCCCCGGCCCGAGCCCUGCAGAGGCGCCGACCUUGGUGACCUGCCCCGGGCCGCGGGCCACGCUGAGCCGCAGCGCUAGCGUUCGGUGCGCGGGCCCCAGCGGGGGUGGCGGCAGGGGCGCGCCUGGCGCGCUCUGGACUGAGGCUCGGGAGCAGGCCCUGUGUGGCCCUGGCCUGCGCAAAACCAAGUACCGCAGCUUCCGCAGACGACUGCUCAAGUUCAUUCCCGGACUCAACCGCUCCCUGGAGGAGGAGGAGAGCCAGCUGUAGGGGCGGGGGCAGGUGGGGGAGGUAUUUAUUUAUUUAUUCAUUUGUAAAAGCCAGUGCUCAAAGUGGGGUGGUAGCACAGGGCCCAAAGGACCCCAGGAGCCCAGAGCAGCGGGAGAGGGUCCUUGCGAGCCCUGGCCAGCCUGAUGGUUUCUCUGCUUUCCUCUGCAAAGCAAGGGAGCCCAGGCCUCUUCUCCCGUAAACCACAGUAGGAGUCAGGACAGGUGGAGAACAAGCAUUCAGGGUCGGGAGAGGUUUGGGGACCAAAGAUGGAUGUGUUAUCCUCCAGUCUGGGUCAGUAGUGCCUUGUGGGGUGGCCAGGAAAACUCCUCCACCUAGAAGGGGGUCCCUGCCCCAUGAAGCCCUCUCCUCAGCUUUACUUGCUCCCAGCCCCCUUAGCCUUGGGGAGAAGUGGCCCUGGGUGGGUCAUUCCUCUACCCUACACACACGCUAUUCCAGCGGAUCAGAGGGCCCUGAGGGGGCAAGGUGCUGGUCCCUUCCCUCUGGCUUGACCCCUAAGGGCUUGGCCCCUCCCAAGGGCCUAUAACUAAGUUGGAUCCUGCCAGGAGGGGGUCCUGGGUUCUGUGCCCCUUGGGGAACAGGAUUGGGCAUGUUCAGGUGGGGUGGGGACUGCUCAGACUGCUCCACCAUUUCGCCUAUGUUGCUUCUGAAACACAAACUGUAUA